AUGACCCGAAUUAGAAGCGACUUCCACCCAUCUGGUCAUUGGAUUAAAAGUAUUUUAUCUCAAAUUGAGUAUGUUAGAAAGUAUAUUGCGAGUGGGUUGGUUAAAAGAUUCAUGGCGAGACUAUGAUUAAUUAAACAUCUAAAGUUGCACUAAUAAGUCAAAAAAAUAAAUUUGAUGCUACUAUAUUCCGUAAAUAAUCAACCUUAAAUAAUUGCGAGACCACCAUUUUAUCCAGAGGUCAACACUACAUCCGUAAACCAGGCAGCAGCGCUGGCCGCAGUAGUAGACUCUUCGGUCUCCUGAUCAGUCGUCGCGCGCUGUGCGGGUACAAAUCCCGUCCCAGGAGAAAUUUUUCUCUUGGCUAUGGAUGUUGUGAUUGUCCGUAGGUGGUAGACGGUCUCUGACUGUCGAACGCAGAGGUACCACCCGGCGGAUCUCGUAGGCGGGGCCAGGAUGUGUUCAUGUUGCAUGCACAAGUGUUCCCUCGCCAGAGUCCGUGUGGCGUUCCCCCUUUCCUCUGUAUCCCCCUAUAGCCCCACGGUACC